UGGGGAUAUAGCAGCGAGCAGUCAGGGCCAGGGACCCGCUGGCAGGUUGGCUUGGGCACUCUGGGCUGCCGUCAGUCCUGGAAAGCCUGGCCACUCACGGCCACGCACAGGGACUAGCUUUGUCUUCUCGGAGCUUCUCUGCUCGCCUGAGGAGAAAGGGGAAGGGGGAAGGGAGUUCCGUUUGCCCCAGCCUAAGAGAGCAAAGAGAGAGGCCAAGAGUCCCUGCUCUGGACCGGCCGCCCCAGGAAGGAAUGCACCCCUGUCCCUGGGGGGGUGGUCAAGCAUCCAUUUGGCAACACAUUUCCUGGGCAACUGCCACGCAUGCCCGCUGCUGGGGUGGGCUAUGCAGCGAGCGGUUCUGAGCGGUCGCGUUCCUGGGAAUGGACUCUGCCGGGGUCCAGGAAGGCGAGGCUUUGCCAGCGUCAGGCAGCCGGGGGCACAGCCUCUCCGUGCGGUGGGGUGGGGGUUGGCUUGGCCCACGGCCAAGGGUUGGUCCCCAGCUCCCCACACCCGCCAUGGAAGGGAGGGGGCCGCUCCCCAGAGUUUGGGAGACCUUGUAAAAAUCCAGGUUAAGGCUCCACGGGGCAGGGAGGGGAGAUCAGAUUGGAGACCCUAGGGUACUGGGACCUGCAGAGCCUUCGAGGCAGCCCCGUGCCGUCCACCUUCUGACAGCCUGAUGGGGGUCCCCUGGGCCCUCAGACCACCAUGUUCACCUCUGUCACUCUUCCCAGCCCCGCAUCCCUGCCCCCACCUGGGUCUCAAGUUGAUGUCCUUGCCUCCCUAGUGCCCACACUGGGCCAGGGUCUCCUCGGGUUCCCACCCCAGGGUCUCCUCCCCGAGACCCCCCAGCACAGCUGUCCUUUGCAGUCUGAAUAACCAUCGUUCAGAGCCGUCCUCACUGAGCACUCACGGGGCUCGGCCCUGCACCAAGCACUUCACAGCACUAUGGGGUACCUACAAGACACCAUCCCCAUUGCACAGAUGGGAAGAGUGAGCCACAGAGAGGCCAAGCCACCUGCCCAAGGUCUCCUAGCUAAUAAGCAGAGUUGCUGGGAUUUGGACCCAGGUCCUCAGGCCCCCGACACGUCAUACAGAGGGUGCUCUUAGAAGGCCUGUGGUAUAGACAGGGAAACCGAGGCAGAAAGGAUGAGAGGGUGGGCAGAGGUGGGGGCUGGGAGGUGGCUCAUCCGCAGGACCGGCCAGGGCCCAGGGACGGGGCUCGGGCAGCAGCUGUUCCCUGAUGAUGUUUGGAGGCAGCAGACCUGAGUGCCUGCACCUUUUGUUUCCCUCCUUGAUGCCCCAUGACCUGGGCCUCAGCUUCCUACAGGGGUGCCAGCCAAAAGCUAUGCUGCACUCACAUCAGGCACCCACGCUGGCACAGUGCCCGGCACAGUCAGUGCUUAGUCACUAUUAUUAUUAUUAUUAUUAUAGAAUCCCCAGGCUCAUGGCCUUGAGGGAAGGUGGCUGGCCCAGGGAACCAGGCCCAUCCCUUGUCACAUCAAGUGACUUAGCAACUCCCAGGGAGGUGGGCUUAGGGGCCCCAGACCACCCGAUGAAGGACCCCCUCAUCUGUGUGUCCACAGUGGCUGCUCAGCUCCCUUGUGAGGUCACAGGCCCGGGGUCCCCCCAGGCCCAAGGCAGCCUUGCACAUCUGCUUACCUGGGUUGAGUCCAGUUCCCUGCCCUGCAGCAGUCUCCCCUUGGGGCCUCGGUCCUGACCAAACUGCAGUAUGGUGUGAGCUGGCCUCAGUGUUGCCAGGAGAGGCUGCUGGAAUGUUCCAACCAGACCUCCACCCCCGCAGAGCUCCCCACCCCACACUGUACUCGGAGAUGCCCUCUUCAAGUGACGUGCCUUACAUUUUUGUGGGUUCUGCAGGCUCUUAGGAAAGUGCAAAGAACCUUGCGGAGGCGGGAGAGGGGCGGGUGUGGUUUGCCCUCAGCAUCCAUCAGCAGAAGUCUGAAGGGGCCACGGAGUAGCUGUCCCCCAAGCCCACACCCAGUCCCGUGACUGCCUUGGGGUCCAGAACCCUCCUGCCCACUGGUUAAGAGGUGUUGUCUGUAGCUCUGUCAGUGGGUGUCCAAGUGUGCCCCUUGUGUGUGUGUUUGUGUGUAUGUGUAGGUAGGGCAGCCCUGGUCCCUGCGCUUACGUGUGAGUCCCCAUGGGGGUGCCCGUGGGCCCACGCGGGUGCAGGCAGGGGCGGUGGAGGGUGCCUGGAGGUGGGGAGCCCCGGCCCACGCUGCCCCGCCCGGCAGGAUGGACCCCUUCGCGGACACGCUGCAGCGGCUGCGGGAGGCCUUCGACUCGGGGUGCACGCGGCCGGCGGAGUUCCGGGCUGCCCAGCUGAAGGGCCUGAGCCGCUUCCUGCAAGAGAACAAGCAGCUUCUGCAGGAGGCGCUGGCGCAGGACCUGCACAAGUCAGCCUUCGAGUCAGAGGUGUCUGAAAUCAGCAUCAGCCAGAACGAGAUUAACUUGGCCCUUAGGAACCUGCGGGCCUGGAUGAAGGAUGAGAAAGUGCCCAGGAACCUGGCCACACAGCUGGACUCGGCCUUCAUCCGGAAGGAGCCCUUCGGCCUGGUGCUCGUCAUCGCCCCCUGGAACUACCCUCUGAACCUGAGCCUAGAGCCCCUGGUGGGCGCCCUCGCAGCAGGGAACUGUGUGGUGCUGAAGCCCUCGGAGGUCAGCAAGAGCACUGAGAAGGUCCUGGCCAAGGUGCUGCCCCGAUACCUGGACCAGAGCUGCUUUGCCGUGGUGCUGGGCGGGCCCCAGGAGACCGGGCAGCUACUGGAGCACAAGUUCGACUACAUCUUCUUCACAGGGAGCCCCCGAGUCGGCAAGAUUGUCAUGGCUGCUGCCGCCAAGCACCUGACCCCCGUCACGCUGGAGCUGGGGGGCAAGAACCCCUGCUACGUGGAUGACAACUGCGACCCCCAGACCGUGGCCAACCGCGUGGCCUUCUUCCGCUAUUUCAACUCCGGCCAGACCUGCGUGGCCCCCGACUAUAUCCUGUGCAGCCCCGAAAUGCAGGCUCGACUGCUGCCCGCCCUGCAGAGUGCCAUCACCCGUUUCUAUGGCGAAGACCCCCAGAGCUCCCCAGACCUGGGCCGCAUCAUCAGUGAGAAGAAUUUCCAGCGGCUCCGGGGCCUGCUGAGCUGUGGCCACGUGGCCAUCGGGGGCCAGACUGAUGAAAGCGAUCGCUACAUCGCUCCCACGGUGCUGGUGGGCGUGCAGGAGACGGAGCCGGUGAUGCAGGAGGAGAUCUUCGGGCCCAUCCUGCCCAUCAUGAACGUGAGGAGCCUGGACGAGGCCAUCGAGUUCAUCCGCCGUCGGGAGAAGCCCCUGGCCCUGUACGCCUUCUCCAACAGCAGCCAGGUGGUCAAGCGGGUACUGGCCCAGACCAGCAGCGGGGGCUUCUGUGGGAACGACGGCUUCAUGCACAUGACUGUCGCCAGCCUGCCCUUCGGAGGAGUGGGCGCCAGUGGGAUGGGCAGCUACCACGGCAAGUUCUCCUUCGACACCUUCUCCCACCACCGCGCCUGCCUGCUGCGCCGCCCUGGGCUGGAGAAGGUCUACGCUCUCCGCUACCCGCCCCACACUCCACGCAACCUGAGGGUGCUGCUCGCAGCCAUGGAGACCCGCAGCUGCAGCUGCGCCCUGCUCUGAGCCACCCUGCGCACAGGGGCUCCGAGCGUCCCUCCCAGCUCAUGUCUAUGAGUCCUCCGCUGCCGUGGCCACCUGAGGCUGGUGGAGACAUGACCUGGGGUCCACGACACAGGGGGAAAACACCUGCCGGGGCCACGGCCCAGACCAGUGCUUGCCCUCCUCCCGCCUGGGGCUUCUCUUUUCAGGCCCUCAGCUGCCCCCCAGCCAGGAUGGGCCAAGGUUUGGGAGCGUCGGAAACAGUGCAGUAACCUGCCCUCCUGCUCCCACGCUGGCCACCUGUGUUCCGGGAGACGAGGGAAGAUGUGAGCACCUCUCAGGACAGAAGGUGCCCUUUCUGUGGAGGGUGCAGAAGGGGUCCUGGCAUCUGGUCCAUGACACUGCGGGCCUGCUGUGACCUGGGUCGUCCCUGCCCUCUCUGAGCCCGGUUCCCUAUCUGUUGCACAGAGGAGGUGAUUAACACCUCCUGAGAUCAUCAUGAGGAUUAAAUUUUGGAGCUUAAUUGCCGACUCCA